AUGAAGAGACUUGGAGUUGAUCCACCAUGUGGAGUUCUCGACCCAAAGGAAGCUGUGCUGUUGGCUGUUUCGUGUGAUGCAUUCGCAUUUGGACAGGAAGACACCAACAACGACCGUAUCACCGUCGAAUGGACUAACACUCCGGAUGGAGCUGCCAAGCAGUUCCGCCGCGAGUGGUUCCAGGGAGAUGGUAUGGUUCGCCGCAAGAAUCUGCCAAUCGAAUACAACCCAUAG